AUGGCGAAUCCAAGCCCCCUUGCUGAGCCCACAUCACUACGCGAACAUGUUCCAGCGCCAGUCGUCACUAUCACAGUCCGACAAUGCAAUGUCGACCAGAUGAUGAAAGAUUGGGCUUGGACAAUCCCGACAAUUGAAACUGUCGCACGAGUUAACGACUCAAUGGUACAUCAGUUCAUAAGGAACGACUACGCACAAAUGAGCACCAACUCCCUUGUUCAGGAUUUCUACCUCUCCGCUACUUGGUUCGCCGAAGAGCUCGUGGUGAAGCCUCUGAAAGUCCUGAAAAAGGAGCUCACAGCAAUCCUGCACGUACGCUUCGAAAAGACUUUCGCGCCGGGAGCUUCAGUAAACGACGACGGCGAACCCUUGAUGCCGACUAUCGCAGAGAUGAUCGAGACGGCCGAGCGUAGAGUUGAAAAGCUUGUAGAAGCUAUAAACGAGCUCCGACUAUACUACCUGUUUCGGGGCUGGAAUAUGAAGGCGAUCAACAUGGACUACAGAUUGGAAGGCAUACCUUCGGCUUCUGCGAAAGAAAUAAUUCUGAGUCUCGAGCUGCAGAAGCAGCUUCGAAAACCCCGUGAGCAAGGAAAAGCGUGUUUGGAAACCUUAGAGAAAGAGAUCGAUCUUGAUUUUACCUUCGGUCUUGAUCCCUCCGUCGCCAAGGACAAAGGCGCACCAUCAACGUCAGUUCCACGCACAUUUUUUGUGUGCGGUCAUAAUGGUGUCUGGAACGUAGGGGCGAGUCUCGACGAUAUGAUGAAGUUCCCGGAGGCUCGGAGGAUCUUGAAAGACAUACGUGACCACCGAAUUGGUCAAAACUACACAACACGCAUAUCAGAUGUCCUAAGCGAAUACCACGAGAAGGAGCAGGCCCAAAUCGAGGCGUUCCACAAGAGCAAGAAGAAGAAGCAGCAAAAGCCACCCCUCCGCGAGAUUCGACAAAAGAUCCUCGGCGACAUCAAGGAACGUCCGCUCGGUCGCAGCAACGAGUGGGGCCAGGCAUAUGACAGCCUUCUAACCCCGCGAGACAGCUGCUACUCAUGCAAAAUUGUUUUCAGUUAUGAAAUGGUGGUGAAAUCCUACCCUGUUGAGCAGGUCAAGAUAACGGAUUGGGCCUGGAGCAACUACAAAGAGAAGGCAAACGCCUGUGCAGAGGUUGUCACCAGCUUGAAGUGCGUGGUCAUAGCAUAGCUAUCAAGAAAGAGUACUUAGAAGAAUGGCACAGUCCAGUACGACAAACUUUGACUUGGUGCCUACUGUUCAAACUAGUAACCUUCGCCACAUUAUUCGGCAAUACAUUGGCUUAGGAUAGUAUGCUCAGGUCAUGACGCUGACGCUCGGUAUUAUUGAGGCGCGCCCAUAUCCUGCAACCUUGCCAGUUCCCAAUAAACCCCUCUCCUUCCCAUCAACUCCUCAUGCGUGCCCCUCUCCACAAUCUUCCCCUGAUCGAAAACAUAUAUAACAUCAGCAUGCUGUAUCGUACUCAGGCGAUGUGCGAUGGCGAUGGUA